AUAGCUUCUUCUGCUCUUUGCAUUGGGAACUAUGACUUCCUUUUCACCUCUGACAAGAGGAGCCCAGGACAGGGAGAACUCUACACCUUGGAAUGACCUUGAGGAGGAACCCCAAAAAUGCAGCCACGUGCCAAAAUGAUUGGCUUCGGGAGGAGAAAGAGGAGAAGCUUUGACUAGAGGCCCACACGCUGCCCAGCGUAUUAUGACCUCUUCCACUGGGAAGGCCAGGCUGGGCCGCCUUGCACGGGGACAGUAGCACCCUGGGAGCACACUGUGAAGGGUAGAGGGCCUAGUGGGGCGUGGGUUUUUCUUGUUUGCUCUGCUUCCACCACGCCGUCUCCCCAUGCCCAGUUCUGGAUGUGCCCAAUGAAUGUUUUCAUCUUGGGAGGAGCUUGGUCUUGCCCAUUAAAAAUGAGACACUUUCAAAUGAACUUGCUUUUCCUCUGUGUGGCAACUGUUGCAGCCAUCCCCAUCGUGCCCUGGAAGGUCAAAUGCCCGCUGCAGUGCAUCUGCCAGAUCAGGCCAUGGUACACCCCCCGGUCCGCCUACAGGGAGGCGACCACGGUGGACUGCAAUGACUUGUUCAUCUCCACGGUGCCUGAGAGCUUGCCAGAGGGGACCCAGACCCUGCUCUUGCAAAGCAACAACAUCGCAAGGAUCGACCAGAGUGAGCUGGACUAUCUGAAAAAUCUCACCGAGCUGGACCUGUCGCAGAAUAGCUUCUCCAGCGUCUGGGACUUCGGCCUGAAGAACAUGCCCCAGCUGCUGAGCCUCCACCUGGAAGAGAACCAGCUGGCCGAGUUGCCCGAUAACAGUUUCUCUGGCCUGGCCAACCUCCAGGAGCUGUACCUGAACCACAACCAGCUGCACAGGAUUUCCCCUAGGGCCUUCUCGGGGCUCAGUAACCUCCUUCGACUCCACCUGAACUCGAAUCUGCUGAGGACGGUCGACAGCCGCUGGUUCCAGAUGCUCCCCAGCCUAGAGAUCCUUAUGAUCGGGGGCAACAAGGUGGAUGCCAUCUUGGAUAUGAACUUCAGGCCGCUGUCGAACCUGAGGAGCUUGGUUCUGGCUGGGAUGAACCUGAGGGAGAUCUCAGAUUAUGCCCUGGAGGGCCUGAGAAGCUUGGAGAGCUUGUCUUUCUAUGACAACAAGCUGAUGAAUGUCCCCAAACGGGCACUGCAGCAAGUCCCCGGCCUUAAAUUCCUGGACCUGAAUAAAAACCCGCUCCAGAGGAUUAAGCAGAGUGACUUCACCAACAUGCUGCACCUAAAGGAGCUGGGACUGAACAACAUGGAGGAGCUGGUUUCCAUAGACAAGUUUGCCUUGAUCAACCUCCCGGAGCUGACCAAGCUGGAUGUGACCAACAACCCCAAGCUGUCCUUCGUCCACCCCAGUGCUUUCCACCACCUCCCCCAAAUGGAAACCCUCAUGCUCAACAACAACGCCCUAAGUGCCUUGCAUAAGCAGACAGUAGAGUCCCUACCCAACCUGCAGGAGAUCAGCAUCCACAGCAACCCCAUCCGCUGCGACUGUGUCAUCCGCUGGGUCAACAGCACCGAGAACCACAUCCGCUUCAUCGAGCCGCAGUCCACGCUGUGCGCCGAGCCCCCAGACCUGCAGAGGAGGCACAUCCGGGACGUGCCCUUCCGGGAAAUGACCGACCGGUGCCUACCCCUCAUCUCCGCCAGGAGCCUCCCCUCCCGCGUGGAGGUGGCAGACAGUGAGAACAUCUCACUGCACUGCAGGGCCCUGGCCGAACCCGAGCCAGAGAUCUACUGGGUCACGCCAUCGGGGGUCAAGUUGAUCCCCUACUCCGAAGAUGGGCGGUUCACAGUGCACCCUGAAGGGACUCUGGAGAUUCACCAGAUCACUGCACGGGAGGCUGGGUUGUACACGUGUGUGGCCCACAACCUCAUCGGUGCCGACACAAAGACCAUCAGGCUGACGGUCAACAGCUCCUUCCCUGUCAGCGAGGACAGCCUGGAGCUCCUGGUGAAGGAAGUUCAGGCCUAUCACAUCCUGGUGACGUGGAAGCCGCAUCUCAACACCGUCUCCUCCAACCUCACCUGGUCCAGCUUUGCUUUCAGCUCCAGCGUGGACCUCACCAACGUAGCUCGGAUCCCUGCAGGCACCCACACAUACAACAUCACCCGGCUCCACCAGGACACUGAAUACUGGGCCUGCCUUCAUGUGGUGUUUGUAGACUUGCAGACCAAGGUGGCCUGUGUGAAUGCCAGGACUAAAGAGGCCAGCUAUCGCUAUAGGUACCUGGAGAGUAGGCAGAGCAUCUUGACGGUGCUGGCCCUUUGCAUCUUGCUGCUCUCCAUCAGCCUCAUAGGCCACUAUGGCUUCGGUUCCUUCAGGCCACAGCCUGGGAGCCCGGAGAAGCUGCUCCCCCACUGCAUACCAUGGAAGCCAGGUUCUUCCUCGGUGCGCGUGGUCUAUCCUCCUUUCAUCCGACCCUGGGAUCAAGGGCAGCAUGGGGACAAGCUUCUCGCUGUGGAAGUGCAAGCAGCGCCCCUGGACUCUUGAAGGUCACCCUGCUGAAGUGUGGUGGGGACAGUGUGAAGGGCGGAGGGAAGGCAGGAGAAACUGGAUUUUUUUUUUUUUUUUUUUUUUUUACCAAAAAGCG